UUAUGACAUCACUGCGUUGUCCGUUGCUAGGUUAUUAUUCUCCCGGAAAGACCAAGCCCAUAACGACGUCGUUUAACGUUAUUUUGAGACAUUUCUCUCGUUUAAAAGCCUUAAAUUGUAAUUAAGUCGCAUUGUAAACUUGUGUAUGAUGAGUUUAGCCAGCUAGAGACAGUCUGGUGAGAUUUGCAUCACUGAACUGGGUGAUGUCCGCCCAGCAGCCUCUGCAGCAGCAGUCCUGGGAGGAACCAGCAGCAGCAGCAGCCUCCUAACAGAGCCACACCGGCUAGCUGAUGCUGAUGACUGGCUGUUUCCUGGCAUCGAUCUGCAAGUGGGAGGCAUCAUGGCCGGUAAGGUGAAGUGGGUGACAGAUAUUGAGAAAUCAGUGCUCAUCAAUAACUUUGAGAAAAGGGAAUGGAUUCAAGUCACAGAAAACGACGACUGGAAUUUCUACUGGAUGAGUGUCCAGACCAUCAGAACCGUGUUCAGCGUGGACACUGGCUACCGCCUGUCAGAUGAGCAGAUGGUUAACCACUUCCCCAACCACUACGAGCUGACCAGGAAAGACCUGAUGAUCAAGAACAUCAAACGCUACCGCAAGGACCUAGAGAAGGAAAGCAGUCCGCUGGCGGAGAAGGACGAGAACGGGAAAUACAUUUAUUUAGAUUUUGUCCCUGUGACGUUCAUGCUCCCCGCCGAUUAUAAUCUCUUUGUGGAGGAGUUCCGCAAGAACCCGUCCAGCACGUGGAUCAUGAAGCCCUGCGGGAAGGCUCAGGGCAAAGGCAUCUUCCUCAUCAACAAGCUGUCCCAGAUCAAAAAGUGGUCCAGGGACAGCCGCACAUCCACGUUUGUAGCAGCGGCUAGCGGCAAGGAGGCCUACGUCAUCUCCCUGUACAUCGACAAUCCUCUGCUGAUAGGAGGGAAGAAGUUUGACCUACGUCUCUACGUUCUGGUGACCACAUAUCGGCCUCUGAAAUGCUACAUGUACAAGCUUGGCUUCUGUCGGUUCUGCACAGUCAAGUACACACCCAGCACCAGUGAACUGGAUAACAUGUUUGUUCACCUCACCAAUGUGGCCAUCCAAAAACACGGGGAUGACUACAACCACGUCCAUGGAGGCAAGUGGACCGUCAGUAACCUCCGUUUGUACCUAGAGAGCACCAGAGGGAAGGAGGUGACCAGCCGACUGUUUGACCAAAUCCACUGGAUCGUGGUGCAGUCGCUAAAGGCCGUAGCUCCUGUGAUGAACAAUGACAAGCACUGUUUUGAGUGUUACGGGUAUGACAUCAUUAUUGAUGACAAGCUCAAGCCAUGGCUUAUUGAGGUCAAUGCCUCUCCCUCGCUGACCUCCAGCACAGCCAACGACCGCAUCCUGAAGUACAACCUCAUCAACGACACCCUCAACAUCGUCACGCCCAGCGGGGACAUCCCAGACUGCCGCUGGAAUCGCAGCCCGCCCCGAGAGGCCCUGGGCAACUAUCAAAUCCUAUACGACGAGGAGCAGGCGCAGAGCGAGAAUGCCGAGCGUGACCUGCGAAGCCGCUCGGGUCAGUCCCUGGGAUCAAAGGGCACCAAGGGGAGUGCAGGCGUUCGCCCCGCUGCUGCCACUUGGAAGUGAGGUGAUAUCGGGGACUCUUAGUGACUUCCUGUGCAUAAUUACAGGAUCCAACAGUAGGGCACACGGAUAAAAGAUACUUUAUAUCCCAGCUUUUCGAUGGUGGGCUGCUCCCUGUCUCCACAUUUCAUGAGUUCACAGAGGGCAACAACCCUACUGCUGGAGGGGAGGAAAAUCAACAAUGUGGCCACAUUUGGGGAGUUUAAAGGCCGGAGUUUGUCGCCGUUUGUAUGAAUGAGUAACUAAAAAUGUAGACAUUAUGUUGGUGGGGUCAAUGCCUCGAUGGCAGCAGCGACAGCAGCUCUCAAGAUAAGGAAAAACGUCCCCAAAAACCUAAUGACAGGAAGAAAAAAAAGUGGAUUGCACCUUGGAUGA